CCGUCCUUCUGGCCACCAUGGGGCUGCCGCUGGCCCGCCUAGCGGCCCUCUGCCUAGCUCUGACCUGGGCCGGGGGCACGGAGCUCCAGAGAGAAGGCAGAACCCGGAACCACGGCCACAACGUGUGCAGCACCUGGGGCGACUUCCACUACAAGACCUUCGACGGCGACGUCUUCCGCUUCCCCGGGCUGUGUGACUACAACUUCGCCUCGGACUGCCGCGACGCCUACAAGGAGUUCGCCGUGCACCUGAAACGCAGCCCCGGCAGCAGUGGGGGCCCGUCCCAGGUCGAGUACAUCCUGCUGACCGUCAAGGACGACACCAUCUACCUGACCCGCCAGCUCGCCGUGCUGAACGGGGCCAUGGUCAGCACUCCACACUACAGCCCGGGGCUGCUCAUCCAGAAGACCGACACGUACACCAAGGUCUACUCCCGCGCUGGACUCACGCUCAUGUGGAACCGGGAGGACUCGGUCAUGCUCGAGCUGGACAGUAAGUUCCGGAACCACACGUGCGGCCUCUGCGGGGACUACAACGGCCUGCAGACCUACUCGGAGUUCCUCUCCGAGGGUGUACCCUUCAGCCCCGUCGAGUUUGGGAACAUGCAGAAGGUGAACAAGCCCGAGGUGGUGUGCGCCGACCCCGAGGAGACGGUGGUCCCCGAGUCCUGCUCCGAGCACCGUGCCCAGUGCGAGCGGCUGCUGACGGCUUCGGCCUUCGCGAGCUGCCAGGGCCUGGUGCCCGUGGAGCUGUACGUGCAGGCGUGCACGCAGGACCGCUGCCAGUGCCCACAGAACGCCUCCUGCGUCUGCAGCACCAUCGCCGAGUUCUCCCGCCAGUGCUCCCAUGCCGGCGGGCGGCCGGAGAACUGGAGGACCAACGCGUUCUGCCCCAAGAGCUGCCCUGGGAACAUGGUCUACCUGGAGAGUGGCUCGCCCUGCAUGGACACCUGCUCACACCUGGAGGUCAGCAACCUUUGUGAAGAGCACCGCAUGGACGGCUGCUUCUGCCCAGAAGGCACUGUGUAUGAUGACAUCGCGGGCGGUGGCUGCAUCCCCGUGAGCCAGUGUGGCUGCAAGUUGCACGGACACCUGUACACGCCCGGCCAGGAGACCACCAACAACUGCAAGCAGUGUGUCUGCAACGCCGGCCGCUGGGUGUGCCAGGACCUGCAGUGCCCCGGGACCUGCAGCCUGGAGGGCGGUGCCCACAUCUCCACCUUCGACGGGAGGAAGUACACCUUCCACGGGGACUGCUACUACGUGCUGACCAAGACCCAGAAUGACUCCUACGCCCUCCUGAGCGAGCUGGCCCCCUGCGGCUCCACGGACAAGCAGACCUGCCUGAAGACGGUGGUGCUGCUGGCCGACAGCAAGAAGAACGUGGUGACCUUCAGGUCAGAUGGCAGCGUCCUGCUGAAUGAGCUGAAGGUGAAUCUGCCCCAUGUGACGGCGAGCUUCUCCAUCUUUCAACCGACCUCCUACCACCUCAUCGUGACCACCACCUUCGGCCUCAAGCUGCAGAUCCAGCUGGUGCCGGUCAUGCAACUCUUCCUGACGCUGGACCAGGCCGCCCAGGGCCGCGUGCAGGGCCUCUGCGGGAACUUCAACGGCCUCGAAGGGGACGACUUCAAGACGGCUGGGGGGCUGGUGGAGGCCACGGGCGCCGGCUUUGCCAACACCUGGAAGGUCCAGGCGAGCUGCCAGGACAAGCUGGACUGGCUGGACGACCCCUGCUCCCUCAACAUCGAGAGCGCCAACUACGCCGAGCACUGGUGCUCCCUGCUGAAGAAGACCGAGACCCCGUUCGAGAGGUGUCACUCCGCCGUGGACCCAGCCGAGUAUUACAAGAGGUGCAAGUAUGACACGUGCAACUGCCAGAACACGGAGGACUGCAUGUGCGCCGCCCUGUCCUCGUACGCCCGCGCCUGCGCCGCCAAGGGCCUCAUGCUGUGGGGCUGGCGGAAGCACGUCUGCAACAAGGACCUGGACUCCUGCCCCAAGUCACAGGUCUUCCUGUACAACCUGACCACCUGUCAGCAGACCUGCCGCUCGCUGUCUGAGCCUGACACCCACUGCCUGCAGGGCUUCGCGCCCGUGGACGGCUGUGGCUGCCCUGACCACAUGUUCCUGGAUGAGAAGGGCCGCUGUGUGCCCCUGGCCAAGUGUUCCUGCUACUACCGCGGCCUCUACCUGGAGGCGGGGGAGGUGGUCCUGAGGCAGGAGGAGCGAUGCAUCUGCCGGAACGGGAGGCUGAGCUGCAUACAGGUCAAGCUGAUCGGCCAGGCCUGCGAGGCCCCAAAGAUCCACGUUGACUGCAACAACGUGACGGCGCUGGCCAUCCGGAACCCUAGGCCUGUCAGCUGCCAGACGCUGGCUGCCGGCUACUACCAGACAGAGUGCAUCAGUGGCUGCGUGUGCCCCGAGGGGCUGAUUGACGAUGGCCGGGGUGGCUGUGUGGUGGAGGAGGCGUGCCCGUGUGUGCACAACAACGACCUGUACUCACCUGGGGACAAGAUCACGGUGGACUGCAACACCUGCACCUGCCAGAAAGGGCGCUGGGCGUGCACCCAAUUGGUGUGCCAUGGCACCUGUACCAUCUACGGGAGCGGCCACUACAUCACCUUCGAUGGGAAGUACUAUGACUUCGAUGGACACUGCUCCUACGUGGCCGUGCAGGACUAUUGCGGCCAGAACACCUCCCUGGGUUCCUUCAGCAUCUUCACUGAGAAUGUGCCCUGUGGUACCACGGGGGUCACCUGCUCCAAGGCCAUCAAGAUCUUCAUUGGGAGGACGGUGCUGAAGCUGGAGGACAAACACUGCAUGGUGAUCCAGCGUGAUGUGGGCGACCACGUGGCCUACAUCACGCGGGAUGUGGGCCAGUACCUGGUGGUGGAGGCCAGCAUCGGGGUCAUCGUCAUCUGGGACAGGAAGACCACAAUCUUCAUCAAGCUGACCCCCUCCUACCAGGGCACGGUGUGUGGCCUGUGUGGGAACUUCGACCAGCGGUCCAACAACGACUUCACCACGCGGGACAGCAUGGUGGUGGACAGCGAGCUGGACUUCGGGAACAGCUGGAAGGAGGCCUCCACCUGUCCGGACGUGACGACCACCCCGGAGCCUUGCGCCGUGAACCUGCACCGCCGCUCCUGGUCGGAGAAGCAGUGCAGCAUCAUCAAAAGCCGCGUUUUCCAGCUCUGCCACAGCAAGGUGGACCCCAUGCCCUUCUACGAGGCCUGCGUCCAAGACUCGUGCUCCUGCGACACUGGCGGGGACUGUGAGUGCUUCUGCUCCGCCGUGGCCUCCUACGCCCAGCAGUGCACCAAGGAGGGCGCCUGCGUGUACUGGAGGACACCCGACCUGUGCCCCAUAUUCUGCGACUACUACAACCCCCCGAACGAGUGUGAGUGGCACUACGAGCCUUGCGGGAACCGCAGCUUCGAGACCUGUCGGACCGUCAACGGCAUCCACUCCAACAUCUCCAUGUCCUACCUGGAGGGCUGCUACCCCCGGUGCCCAAAGCACAGCCCCAUCUACGACGAGGAGCUGAAGGCGUGUGUCACCAGGGACCAAUGCGGCUGCUACAUCAACAACACUCGCUACACACCAGGAACGUCCGUCCCCACAGGGCACAUCUGCCACUCUUGCAUGUGUACCGACUCCUCGACAGUUGUCUGCUGGGUUGAUGAAGGGAGGAUUGUCAACAUCACCCAGGACGGCUCCUUCUGCUACUGGGAAUUCUGUGGCCCCAACGGGACGGUGCAGCAACACUUCAACGUCUGUGUGUCCACCUCAGCACCCCCAACCCCCAUUCCGACAACCCCCGCCACCACCACCUCCACCACCACCAGCAUCACUCCGACCCCCAGCACAGCGCCACCUUCCUCAUCACCCACCACCGUUCACUGCUGCUCCUGGUCCGACUGGAUCAACAAUGACCAUCCCAGUGCUGACAGUGAUGGCGGGGACCGAGAGACGUUUGAUGGUGUCUGCAGGGCCCCCCAGGACAUCGAGUGCAGGGCGGCCGUGGAGCCCCUGCUCAGCUGGGAGACCCUGGGCCAGAAGGCUCGGUGCGACGUCUCUGUCGGGUUCAUUUGCAAGAAUGAAGACCAGUUUGGAAACGGACCUUUUGGGGUCUGCUAUGACUACGAGAUACGAGUCUUUUGCUGCCAGGAGAAGGAUGAGUGUCCUACCUCGACCCCAACCACCACCCUGCCAAUCACCACCCCAACCACCACCCCAACCACCACUCCACUGACCACCACCCCACUGACCACCACCCCGACCACCACCCCGAGCACCACCCCGCCGACCACAACCCCAACCACCACCCCGACCACCACCCCACCGACCACCACUGCAACCACCACUGAAACCACUCCACCAACUCCCACCACCACCCCGCUGACCACCACCCCGACCACCACCCUGACCACCACCCCGAGCACCACUCCAACCACCACCCCACCGACCACCACCCCGACCACCACCCCGAGCACCACUCCAACCACCACCCCACCGACCACCACCCCGAGCACCACCCCGCUGACCACAACCCCAACCACCACUGAAACCACCACUCCACUGACCACCACUGCAACCACUACUGAAACCACUCCACCAACUCCCACCACCACCCCGCUGACCACAACCCCAACCACCACUGAAACCACUCCACCAACUCCCACCACCACCCCGCUGACCACCACCCCGACCACCACCCCACUGACCACUCCACCAACCCCCAUCCCACCGAGCACCACACUGGCCACCACUCCACAGACCACCACCCCACUGACCACCACCCCAACCACCCCACCAACCACCACCCCGCCGACCACCACCCCGCUGACCACCACCCCAACCACCCCACCAACCACCACCCCGCCGACCACCACCCCGCUGACCACCACCCCAACCACCCCACCAACCACCACCCCGCCAACCACCACCCCGCCGACCACCACCCCGCUGACCACCACCCCAACCACCCCACCAACCACCACCCCGCCGACCACCACCCCACCGACCACCACCCCGACCACCACCCCGCUGACCACCACCCCAACCACCCCACCAACCACCACCCCGCCGACCACCACCCCGCUGACCACCACCCCAACCACCCCACCAACCACCACCCCGCCGACCACCACCCCGCUGACCACCACCCCAACCACCCCACCAACCACCACCCCGCCGACCACCACCCCGCUGACCACCACCCCAACCACCCCACCAACCACCACCCCGCCGACCACCACCCCACUGACCACCACCCCAACCACCCCACCAACCACCACCCCGCCGACCACCACCCCGCUGACCACCACCCCAACCACCCCACCAACCACCACCCCGCCGACCACCACCCCGCUGACCACCACCCCAACCACCCCACCAACCACCACCCCGCCGACCACCACCCCGCUGACCACCACCCCAACCACCCCACCAACCACCACCCCGCUGACCACCGAACCAACCACUACUCCGCUGACCACCACCCCACUGACCACCACCACCACCUCCACCCCACCAGCCACCACCUCGCCAACCACUGUCCCAACUGGAACCACUACAAUCACCACAGUGACACCACCCUCUUCGUGUUUGCCAGACUGCAGAUGGACUGGCUGGCUGGAUUCUGGAAAACCGAACGAUACCAAAGCAGAUGGAGACGUUGAAUCCCUUGAGAACAUCUGUGAGAGGGGCUGGGUAGCCAACAUCUCCUGCAGAGCCGCUGACUAUCCUGAGGUUCCCCUCCAAGAGCUUGAACAAACUGUGGUGUGUGACACCUCUGUUGGGCUUGUGUGCAAAAACCAGGACCAGAAGCCAGUGGGAGGCACUCCCACGUCUGCCUGCCUCAACUAUGAGAUCGACGUCUACUGCUGUUUUGUUCCAUCUUUCUGUUUCACCACACGUUCGACCACCACUACGGAGACCCCAGGCUCAUCAUCUACCACCCCUUCAUCAGAGACUCCAGGUCCUACCACUACAGAGACCCCAGCUACAACACCCUCCACAGCUUCAACUGGGACUCCGAUGCCACCCUCUAGCACCACCUCAAGAGAGACAGCAACCACUGCACCAACAACCACAGUGACCCCAAGCCCGCCAUCUACCACUACUACAACAGAGACUCCAACCCCAACACCCACCACCACAGAGACCACCACCCCCCCCACUACCACAACCACAGUGACCCCAACCCCAACACCCAGCACCUCAGAGACCACCACCCCCACCACUACCACAGAGACCACCACCCGCCCCACUACCACAGAGACCACCACCCCCACCACUACUACAGAGACCACCACCCCCACCACUACCACAACCACAGUGACCCCAACCCCAACACCCACCACCACAGAGACCACCACCCCCACCACUACGACAGAGACCACCACCCCCACCACUACGACAGAGACCACCACCCCCACCACUACCACAGAGACCACCACCCCCACCACUACCACAGAGACCACCACCCCCAUCACUGCCACAGAGACCACCACCCCCACCACUACCACAACCACAGAGACCACCACUCCCACCACCGCAACAACCACAGUGACCUCAACCCCAACACCCACUACGACAGAGACAACCACCCCCACCACCACCGCAACCACAGGGACCCCAACCCCAACACCCACCACCACAGUGACCCCGAGCCCACCAUCUCCUACCACAACAACCACCACCGUCUUUCCAAGCACCCCCACCACAUUGUCAUCCACAGUGACAACCCCCAGUGUAACUGCCACGCCUCCACGGGAAACCACUACCACCCCAGCCACAACCACGUCUACCACAGAAGGGACCACCACAGUGACACCAACCUCUUCGUGUUUGCCAGACUGCAGAUGGACUGGCUGGCUGGAUUCUGGAAAACCAGAUUAUACCAAAGCAGGUGGAGACGUUGAAUCCCUUGAGAACAUCUGUGUGAGGGGCUGGGUAGCCAACAUCUCCUGCAGAGCAGCCAUGUUUCCCAACACUCCCCUCCAAGAGCUUGAACAAACUGUGGUGUGUGACAUCUCUGUUGGGCUUGUGUGCAAAAACCAGGAUCAGAAGUCAGGGGGAGCUACCCCCAUGCCUUACUGCCUCAACUACGAGAUUAACGUCUACUGCUGUAUUCCUAAUAUUAAUCCUCACUGUGUAUCCACACCUUCGACCACCACUAUGGAGACCCUAGGCUCAUCAUCUACCACCCCUUCAUCAGAGACUCCAGGUCCUACCACUACAGAGACCCCAGCUACAACACCCUCCACGGCUUCAACUGGGACUCCGAUGCCAACCUCUAGCACCACCUCAAGAGAGACGAGAACCACCACACCAACAACCACGGUGACCCCAAGCCUGCCAUCUACCACUACUACAACAGAGACUCCAACCCCAACACCCACCACCACAGAGACCACCACCCCCACCACUACCACAGAGACCACCACCCCCACCACUACCACAACCACAGUGACCCCAACCCCAACACCCAGCACCUCAGAGACCACCACCCCCACCACUACCACAGAGACCACCACCCGCCCCACUACCACAACCACAGAGAUGCCAAGGCCUCCAUCUACCACCACCACCACAGAGACCCCAACUCCAACACCCACCACCUCAGAGACCACAACUCCCACCACUACCACAACCACGGGGACUCCAACCCCAACACCUACUACCACAGUGACACCAGGUCCGGCAUCUACCACCACCACCACCACAGAGACCUCAACUCCAACACCCACCACCUCAGAGACCACAACCCCCACCACAACCACAACCACGGGGACCCCAACCCCAACACCUACUACCACAGUGACACCAGGUCCGGCAUCUACCACCACCACAACCACAGAGACCCCAACUCCAACACCCACCACCUCAGAGACCACAACUCCCACCACUGCCACAACCACAGAGACCCCAAGGCCUCCAUCUACCACCACCACCACAGAGACCCCAACUCCAACACCCACCACCUCAGAGACCACAACCCCCACCACUACCACAACCACAGAGACCCCAGCUCCAACACCCACCAGGACAGUGACUCCAGUCUGGCCGUCUACCACCACCACAUCUGUGGAGACCUCUAGUGCACCACUGACCCCAACGCUAACAGUGCCGACAGUCACUCCUUUGGGAGGCACCACCCUUCAAGGCUCGCCGACCCCAGGUCCCACCUCCUCGAAGACCACCCCUACCCCUGGAUCCACGACGGGGCUGCCUUUACCCAGCACAGGCCCUACCUCCAGCCCCACUGCCCCGCCUGCGUCAGCCACCUCCACAGGAGCUCCCACAUCAACAGGACGCCCGUCGACCACGCCAGAGUCCACCAGCACCUGGACCUCCAGUGUGUCCACCUCCACUGUGACCCCAGCAACCACCCCCCACAUUACCACGAGCACUGGCGGGGUCACCACCCCCCCCGUGAUUGAAUGCUGCUUUUUGAAUGACACCUACUAUGCCCCAGGCGAGCUGGUGUACAACGGCACGCAUGGAGACACCUGCUACUACGUGAACUGCUCGCUGAACUGCGAGCUUGAGAUCUUCAACUGGUCCUGCCCGUCCACGCCCGCCCCAACACCCGGCCCAUCCGCGGCUACCACCUACGAAUCCAGUACAUCCAGCCCCGUGGUCCCCGGGUGCCCGGACUUGGAUCCUCCCAGGGAGGAGAACGAGAGCUGGUGGAUGUGUAACUGCACCAAGGCCACCUGCAAGUACAACAACAUCGUGGAGCUCGUGAAGGUGAAGUGCGAGCCCCCGCCCAUGCCCACCUGCUCCAACGGCCUCACGCCCGUGCGUGUCGAGGACCCCGACAAGUGCUGCUGGCACUGGGAGUGCGACUGCUACUGCACGGGCUGGGGGGACCCGCACUACGUCACCUUCGAUGGGCUCUACUACAGCUACCAGGGCAAUUGCACGUAUGUGCUGGUGGAGGAGAUCAACCCCAAGGUGGACAACUUUGGGAUCUACGUCGACAACUACCACUGUGACGUCAACGAUGAAGUGUCCUGCCCCCGCACGCUCAUCGUGCGCCACGAGACCCAGGAGGUGCUGAUCAAGACCGUGCAGAUGAUGCCCAUCAGGGUGCAGGUGCAGGUCAACAGGCAGGCCGUGGCGCUGCCCUACACCAAGUUCGGGCUGCAGGUGUAUGAGUCGGGCAUCAACUACAUGGUGGACAUCCCCGAGCUGGGCGCCCUCGUCUCCUACAACGGCCUCUCCUUCUCCAUCCGGCUGCCCUACCGCCUGUUUGGCAACAACACGAAGGGCCAGUGUGGCACGUGCACCAACAACACCUUGGACGACUGUGUGCUGCCCGGUGGGGAGAUCAUUGACAGCUGUGAGAUCGCAGCUGACUACUGGGUGGUGAACGACCCUUCCAAGCCACGCUGUCCCCACACCAGCUUCACCACCAGGCGCCCGGCCACCUCGUCUUCGGCGGGCACCAGCAUCUCCCCCACGAAGAACUGUGCGUCUCCGCUCUGUGAGCUCAUCAAGGACAGCUUGUUCGCCCAGUGCCAUGCCCUGGCGCCCCCCCAGCACUACUAUGAAGCCUGCCUGUUCGACAGCUGCUACGUGCCUGGCUCGAACCUGGAGUGUGCCAGCCUGCAGACCUACGCAGCCCUAUGUGCCCAGGAGGGCAUCUGCGUGGACUGGCGGAACCACACCGGCGGGGCCUGCCCGGUGACGUGCCCCGCCCACCGUGAGUACCGGGCCUGCGGCCCCGUGGAGGAGCCCACCUGUAAGUCCAGCCCCUCCCAGCCGAACAGCACACGCCUGGUGGAAGGCUGCUUCUGUCCUGAGGGCACCACCAGCUUCGCGCCCGGCUUCGACGUCUGCGUGGACCUGUGCGGCUGCGUGGGGCCCGACAACGUGCCCAGAGAGUAUGGGGAACACUUCGAGUUCGACUGCAAGGACUGCAUUUGCCUGGAGGGCGGGAGCGGCAUCAUCUGCAAGCCCAAGACAUGCCGGCCGGAGCCCCGGCUGGAGUGCGAGGAGGACGGCACCUACGCGUUCACGGAGGUGGACCCCACCAACACCUGCUGCAACCUCACCUCCUGCAAGUGCAACGCCAGCCUGUGCAGGGAGAAGCCCCCGCUGUGUUCACUGGGCUUCCAGGUGAAGAGCGAGAUGGUGCCUGGGAGGUGCUGCCCUCUGUACUCAUGUGUACCCAAGGGCGUGUGUGUGCUGGAGCAUGCUGAGUACCAGCCCGGCUCUCCAGUCUAUUCAUCCAAGUGCCAGAACUGCGUCUGCACCGACCGCAGGGACGACGCCACGCAGCUGAACGUCAUCACCUGCAGCCACGUGCCCUGUAACACCACCUGCAGCCCCGGCUUUGAGCUGGUGGACGCCCCCGGGGACUGCUGCAAGAAGUGUGAGCAGACCCACUGCAUCAUCACCCGGCCCGGCCAGCAGAGCCUGGUCCUGAAGCCCGGAGACAUGAAGAGUGACUCCCUGAACAACUGUACCUUCUUCAGCUGCGUGAAGAUACACGACCAGCUCAUCUCCUCCGUCUCCAACAUCACCUGCCCCGACUUUGACCCCAGCACCUGCGUCCAGGGCUCCAUCACGCUCAUGCCCAAUGGCUGCUGCAGGAAAUGCGUCCUUCGCAAUGAGACCGGCGUCCGCUGCGCUACCGUCCCUGUCGUGAGGGAGAUUUCGCACAAUGGCUGCACCACAUUGGUCUCCAUGAACGACUGCUCUGGGUCCUGUGGGACCUUCGCCAUGUACUCGGCCGAAGCCCAGGCCCUGGACCACAGGUGCUCCUGCUGCAAGGAGCAGCGUACCAGCCAGCGUGAGGUGACGCUGCGGUGUCCAGACGGGGGCACGCUCCGCCACACCUACACCCACAUCGACAGCUGCCUGUGCCAGGACACCCUGUGCGAGCCGCCCGCCCAGCGCAGGGCCCGGCGCUCCUUGCCCCUCGGGGUGGCCCCUGGGCGGGGGUGAGGGGCGGGCCCGGCCCCCACCGUCCCGCGUCCCCUUCCCGCGGACCCCUCAGCUGCCUCGCCUCCUGGGCUGACUUUCUCUCUGCGGAUAUUUAUUUUCUGAGCCUUUGUUCGAUUCUUUGCUUUCCAAAAUAAACUUGGGCAGAGACGC